AUGCUAUCCAUCCUCACGGCGGCUCUGGCUCUCACCGCCACCGUCUAUGGCCAUGCUGAGACGGCAGAGGCAGAAAAAUUCCAAAUGGAAACUCUCCGGCGUAUCGCAGCACACUCUAAACGCAGCCUUGCCAGUUGUGCUAAUUCGCCAGCUGCCGUUGCCUUGAGAGCUCGAGCGGUAGCCCGACGUGCCGCUUGGGCUGAUGAGCUGCGUGUACAGAAUGGACUCAAGACCCAUGCUGAGCGCCGAGGAGCCAAGGAGCUUGAAAAGUAUCUUACCCUGUCUCAUGAUGAGUCUUACAAAGGCUAUAACCUCAGUACACCUCUGGAAGUCAUCUUUGGCUCCAACGCCAGUUGUAUUCUUGUUCCACAGACCAUCGUCGGACCAUAUUAUGUGGAAGGCGAAUACUUUCGAAGGAACAUUACCGACGGUGAACCAGGCGUCGCCUCACACUUGGAUUUCCAGUUCAUUGAUAUCAAUACUUGCGCGCCCGUCUCUGACCUCAUUAUUGAUCUGUGGCAUGCCAACUCAACGGGUGUCUAUUCUGGGGUGACGGCAAAGGGACAGGGUGGUCUAAAGACCAACUUUGGUCGCGGAAUUCAGAAGACUGACGAGGACGGAGUUGUCCAAUUCAGCACAAUCUUCCCAGGUCAUUAUACCGGUCGAACCAACCACUUCCAUGUCAUGUCGACUGAAGAUGCCCUUAUUCUUCCAAACGGAACCUUUCGAGGCGGCACUGUCUCGCACAUUGGACAGACGUACUUUGAUCAGUCUCUUAUUGCUGCAGUUGAAAAGAAUGCACCGUAUACGCUCAAUAAGCAGCCCUUCAAGGACAACAGCAAAGAUCGGUGGGUGGGAGACCACGCGACCGCGGACUAUGACCCAUUCAUGAAGUACACGCGGCUUGGUGAUGAUGUCAAGGACGGCCUUCUCCUCUGGAUCACGGUUGGAAUUGAUACAACUACCAACUACAACGGUAAAGUGACAGUCGCAUCACACUGGCACCCAGGCGGCGGUACUGAUGAGGGUGGGAGACCAAAGUCCGAGGAAAAGAAGGACGGCUACUAG